AUGGCAUCUAUCAGCGUUGUGUCGUUUGAUCCUGAGGGCCGUCCGAUAGAGUUUGAUGCCUGGCUCGAAGAUCUGCAGCUGUACCUCAGGACUGAUGCUAAAGACGGCGUAUCCCUCUUUGACCUCGCGCCUGGCACCUCAGUCGCUCCAUCAGACACAACUGACAACCUCACUCGCUCACAGUGGCUUACCCGUGACGCUGCUGCUCGCCUAGCUAUUCGCAAGCACUUGUCGUUAGCCGAACGCACUCACUUUGGCCAGCACAAAACUGCUAAGGCACUGUACGCUGCUGUCAUCGCUCGCUACUCUUCCCCAGCCACUGCUACUCUCAGCCGCCUUAUCCUACCCUACCUGUUCCCUGAGCUAUCCUCCUUCGCCACAGCUGAGGACCUCAUCGCUCACCUUCGCGCUAGUGACCUACGCUACCGCGCCGCCCUCCCAGCCGAGUUCUUAGACAAGAACCCUCCCCCGAUCAUCACACUCUACUUCGUAGUCACCCGACUCCCUGACUCUCUUCGCGUAGUCAGGGACCACUUUCUAGCCCUCCCCCCCACCAACCUCACAGUCGACGACCUCGAGAAGCACCUUCUUGCAGCUGAGUCCAACAUGGUCGCUGUCGUGGGAAGCGCCGCAGCGGCAAGGGCAGGGGAGGCAAGGGUGGCAGCAGUGGCAGCCGGGGGGGGUGGUGGUGGAGGCGGAGGCGGUGGGGGUGGUCGCAGUGGGGGUGGUGGCGGGAUUGGAGGUGUCGGUGGCGGUGGUAGCGGGAGCGGUGGGCGUGGUGGUGGUGGAGGAGGCGGUGGUGGGAGCGGUGGCGGUGGCGGCGGCAGUGGCGGUGGUGGCGGCAGUGGGAGCGGUGGUACCGGCGGUGGUGGCGGACGUGGUGGCGGACGUGGUGGAGCUGUUCAGCGGGGAGGUGCUGGUGGUGGCCAGCGCCAGCAACAGCAACGUCUGGACGAGCCCCUCACGCCCCAGCAGCUUCGUGAGUGGUACGCUCAGCGUGGGGCGUCUGGGGGUAGUGCUCGCUUCCCGUAUGUCGCAUUGGGGACCGCACUGUUCCCUGACGCAGUGGAGCUCCCCAGCUGGGCGGACCUGCUUAAGCGCGAUAUUGAUAUCUUUGCACUUGCCUUUGAUGCUAUCCUUGCUGCCAUGUAUGCAUUCAUUGUUAGUGCUGAUGGGGACUGUUACUUGUGUAUGCCACCAGACCCAGGUAUAGAGUCUGCUGCUCUAGGUGCUAGUGAGUCUGCUCUCUCUGGUACCGCGCCUGCUGAGGCCUCGUACACCUUCACUCUUGACUCAGCGUGUGGCGAUCUGUACGUGCUCCUGGACUGGCCGUCACCUGGCCAUGUUCACCCGUCAGCCUUGUCGAGUCUCUACACAUUGACCGCUGGACCGCCUCUUGUAGCUGCGUCUGCUCAGGUGUCCGCGUCAGGUCAGUUAGCAGCCUCAUGCGAGUGUCGCCGUCUGUCGCACCAGACUCUCUUGUGGCACCACCGCCUUGGUCACCCCUCCCUGCCACGCCUUCGUGGCAUGCACUCUCGCCUCCUGGUCUCUGGUCUUCCCAGGUCUCUUCCUUCCCUCCCACCCUCGCCUGCCCCGCCCUGUCUUCCCUGUGUUGAGGGGCGGCAGCGCGCCGCUCCUCACUCCUCCUCGUUUCCCCCGACGACUGCUCCCCUGCAGACUCUCCACCUGGACGUGUGGGGCCCAGCCCGCGUCCAGGGCCAGGGCCGCGAGCGGUAUUUUCUGCUGGUUGUCGACGACUACUCGCGUUACACCACGGUCUUCCCCUUGCGCAGCAAUGUUGAGGUCCCUGCUGUUCUGAUCCCCUGGAUCCGCGCUGUACGUCUCCAGCUCCGCGAGCGUACGCUGCGCAUCAGCUCAACCUCUGGCCCCGUGUCUCCUUGCCGGAGACCUCGCCCACACUGCGUUGGACGGGGAAGGUUGGCGAUGUGUCGCGGUUCCGAGUCUGAGACGCUGGUGCUGGAGGUACCGGAGGAGCUGGAGCUGCUGGUCCUGGAGGUGCUCGUACUGGAGGUACUAGAGCUGCCGGGGCUGGUGGAGCUCGUUCUGGAGACGUUGACGCUGGAGGUGCUGGAGCUGGAGGCGCUGGAGCUGGAGCAGCUGGGGCUGGGGACCCUGGUGCUGGCGGCGUUGGAGCUGGAGACGCUGGAGCUGGAGCCCGGCUCUGCACUGCCUGCUCCUUCUCCUUACACUGAGCAGACAGAAUCGCUUACAAAGCGUCGUGAGCCUGCGUCUCGUCCUGCCUCCCCUGUUCGCACUGUUCGCCGUGCUCGUCGUGUCCCGCGUCUGCGUCCUCCUCCUGUGCCUGGCACUCACACUAUGUCACUUCGUCCUUCCUCUGUCCCCCGGUGCGUCCCUUUGCCGUCUCCUCCUGCGUCCUCUCUUCCUGAGAUUCCUGACCCUGAGUCUGACCGUGUUCGUGCUGCUAGCCCCACACUCACGAGUCUCCUGGCUACUAUCAUCGUAGACCCGUCGUUUGAGUCCACUGCUGCGUCUGCCCUAGUUGCUGAGCUUGUUGACUUUGCUGCUGCCUGUCGCCUAGACUACGCCGCCAGUCUUGUUGCUGAGUCUGAGUCUGAGGCUGAGUCUGUCUGUCCUCCGUCCGUCGGGGGUGAGUGUGAUCUUGGCACGGACGUCCUUGAGGACAGGCAGGAGGACUUUGACUCUCUUGCGACUGCUGUACCUCAUCUCGUGGCCUGGCUGCUUGCGCCUGAGGGAGACCCGGAUGCACUGGACAUCCUGACCCCGCGCUCUUACGUAGAGGCGAUUUCGGGUCCCUACUCCUCUCAGUGGCAGACAGCCAUGGACGCGGAGAUGGCAUCCUGGAAGUCCACAGGCACCUACGUCGACGAUGUUCCCCCUCCUGGGGCGAACAUAGUCGAUGGCAUGUGGAUUUUCAGGGUGAAGCGGCCGCCGGGUUCUCCGCCUGUCUUCAAGGCUUGUUACGUUGCACGAGGCUUCAGUCAGCGGCAGGGAGCUGACUUCUUCCAGACCUUCUCACCUACCCCAAAGAUGACCUCUCUAUGGGUGCUGCUGCACAUUGCCGCUCAGCGUGACUACGAGCUUCACUCUCUUGACUUCAACACAGCCUUGUUACAGGGCACAUUGCACGAGGAGAUCUGGCUGCGCCGCCCACCUGGCUUCACUAGGUCGUUCCCUCCUGGUACCCAGUGGAGCCUCCGGCGGCCAGUCUACGGUCUCCGCCAGGCGCCUCGUGAGUGGCACGACACACUGAGGACGACACUUGCGGCUCUUGGGUUUGCUCCCUCCACUGCUGACCCGUCGCUGUUUCUGCGCACCGACACUUCUCUGCCGCCGUUCUACAUCCUCGUGUACGUUGACGACUUGGUCUUUGCCACUGCUGACACUGAGGCACUCGCCCUUGUGAAGUCGGAGCUGCAGAAGAGACACACGUGCACAGACCUGGGUGAGCUGCGCAGCUACCUUGGCUUGCAGAUCAUCCGGGACAGAGCACGCCUCACCCGUCUCCCUGACACCCUCAGCUCAGUUCGAGACCACUUCCUUGCUCGCUGUCCCACUGAGCUCACAGUCACCCUCCUAGAGGAGCAGCUGCUCGCGGCCGAAAAGAGCAUUGUAGCUGUCGGUGCUGCUCGUGGCGCUCCUCGCACCCCCAUCUUUGAGGGGUGUUCUCCCUCUCCCCUCGCUCCCUCCUACGCUGCUGCUGCUGCUGUUGACUUCCUUGGUGCUGAGUCUGUUGGCGCUGCUUCUGCUCCUGGUGGGAGGCGCCGCACCGGCAAGGGCAAGGGGGGCAAGGGUGGUGGUGGUGGCGCUGGGGGGGGAGGAGGUGGGGGAGGUGGGGGGGGAGGCGGUGCUGGAGGGAGCGGUGGCGGGAGCGCUGGUGGGAGUGGGGUCGGUACUGGAGGCGGGGGCGGCGGAGGAAGCAGUGGCAGUAGUGGCGGCGGCGGCGGUGGCGGCGGUGGCGGUGGUGGCGGUGGUGGCGGUGGCGGUGGUGGCGGUGGUGGCGGUGGCGGCGGUGGUGGCGGUGGCGGUCGUAGCGGUGGUAGUGGUGGCGGCGGAGGUCGGAGUGGAGGCACUGGCUCGGGCCAGAGCUCCCAGCAGCAGCAGCGUCCCCAGACGACCCAGCAGCUUCGUGAGUGGCUUGCUCAGCGUGGGACGUCGGGGGGCAGUGGCCGCUGUUCUUAUGUCAUUCGCACAGGUGACCGCAAGGGACAGACGUGUGGGAGGUUCCACACCCCGUACCGCUGCUUCUCCCGCCUUGACGACGCUUGGCGUGAGGAGAUGGGUGCGGAUGUUGAGCGCCCCCGCUGGGCUGAGCUCAUGAGGGCUGGUGUUGAUGUCUUUGCUCUUGACUUUGAUGCUAUUAUUGCUGCCAUGUAUGCAUUGACUGUUAGUGCCGAGGGAGACUGUUACUUGUGUGUGCCGCCUGACCCAGGUAUAGAGCCCGCUGCCCUGGGUACUAGUGAGUCUGCUCUCUCUGGUAUGGUGCCCCCUGUACUUGCUCCCUCCAGUGCUGUCCCGGCUGUUUUCGAGUCUGCUCUCUCAGGUACAGCACCCACAGAGACUGCUCUCUCAGCUCACACCGCUUCCUGCACCGGUCCCAGUCUCCUUGGCUGA